UUUCGUUAUUUCGGUUCACCUGUUCGCAUCGUGAAGAAUUCGCAUCGAAAGUCUUCAGCAUGGUGUCUAUAGAAAGUGUCGCGGGUAUAGUGAUAAAAGUUCUCAAGUUGAUUAUUAAUCUCAUAAUCCUGAUCCUGUAUCGAACAGGAUACAAAGGAGAAUUCCUGGGUGUCGGUGGAACAUGGAACUUGAACGAAGACAAAAAUGCAGACGCAGAAAUAGUUGCAUCUGGAGUUCUAGUAGGAUUUUUCAUAUACACAAGCGUCGUUCUCAUCACUUACUGCUUUGGGAGCACGUAUCACAAGAAGACACUCGUUGAAAUUAUAAUGAACUUCGUUGGAACCUUCAUGUUCGUUGCUGUAGGUGGUACAGCGCUUCAUUAUUGGCAUGGUUAUCAGCCGGAAAAUAAAUUCGACACGAUUAUACAGGAAAGACAGAUUGGCCUGGCUGUCGGAUCAUUGUGCGUUAUCGAGGGAGCAGCGUAUCUCAUCGACCUGAUAAUAAGUUUCCUUCAUUUUGCGAAAAGUCAAGAUAAUUUCUAGAAUGAAAUCGCAAUUGGCGGAAUAUAAACAAUUGUCAUCUCGUCUCACCUUUUUUAUCGAAACUUUUGUACCGCGAAAUGAAAAAUAAUUAGACACUUCGUUGAUACAGAUGAGAGUUCAAUUUGUAUCGUUCGUACAAAAUCGAAACAUCCCUCAUACAAAAAUUAGAAAAUCGAGGAUUAUGUCAUUAUAAUAACGAUAAGAUAGCGAUCGAAAAGUUAUCUUCGUAGGAAAUGAAACAUUCGACAGGCAUUUACUCGCACACUGUCAUUUCAUAUGAUUCGACGUGUGAUAAUUCGAGACUUGGUCAUGAAUUAUCGAUAAGACGUAUUACUGCAAGUAGUGUAGCAAAUGAUAUUUAAUUUUUAUAUAACAUUACUACAUUUGUAUCAUUGUACCAUGAUCGUGUGACAUUAUAAUAUAUUUAUUUUGUCAAAGUU